AGCUUGUGUCUCGCUGCAAACUCGCGGUAUGCGUGGUGCGCCAGGCAAACAUGGACCAACGAUUUUCAUGCCAUGGAGUGCGUUCCCUUUGUCCGUGGUGGUUGUGGAGAGUUCGGUGGACGCCGCAAAGAAAUGAUGCGCAUUAUUAGCGUUCCGCAGGUCGUCCACUACGCAACUGCACGUAUGCGGGAAUAACUUUGCAGCUCCGGCAACUUGGAGGGCGCUUUUCGACCGCAUCGUACCAUUUAAAAGUGGCAAGGCCAUGACCAACAACAGUGUCCACGUCAGGGAGGAGCUAUGGCUGCAGCAGCACUGUGUGUAAUCGGAUGGUCUGGUCAGGUACAGAUUGGUGUGGGAUUUGUGAUGCCACUCAACAAGUGGCAUUACAUAUUCAAGUCUGCUUCCGACGGAAAGUGCCCAUUAGAGGUGGCAUGGCACCUGUGGACACCAGUGCAAGCAGGUGAAAGCAGCCUGACUGGACAGGCCUGCCGAACAAUGUGCCGCGCAUCUGGGAAGCUUCCGGCAACACCGGAGAAAGUGGCUGCUUUGAAAAACUGCCUGGAGAAAUACAUAAGUGACCAUCCAAUGAUGCCACCUGCACCACAUCCGGAGAACCACCUCGCUUCCGUGCGAAAGCACCUUUGGAGCUUUCUUUUACAGAGGCAGGACGUCAGGUGCCCACCGUGCCACCCAUCACCCACCGUGCCGCCCAGCACCCGCUGUGUCCAGCAACCACCAUGCCACCCAGCACCGGCCGUGCCCAGCAACCACCAUGCCGCCCAGCACCCACCGUGCCACCCGUCACCCACCAUGUCACCCAGCGCCCACCGUGCCACCCGUCACCCGGAGUAUGAGAAACAUUUCGAUUCACGGCAGUACGACAGCCUGGAACACUUGAACGAGCAAAUUUCUACAACGGCUGUAAUCAACUACGCAGAAUAA